AACCAGUUUAGAAAAAUCCCCGUUGAAGAAAGAGAGAGGGAGGUCUGGUGCAUGUCACCCACUGAGCCACAAAAUAAAGUUCUCUCUCUGUGCACUUUGGAAGACAGCUUUCAAUCCGCGGUGCAUCCUGAGGUGCUGCAACAUUUCGCUGCACAUCGAAGUUACGAGCGCCAUUAAUUAAGGUUUGCUUUCUCCGCAUUUUGGAACUGGACUUGUUUUGUUUUUUGGUGCACACAAUGAUGGCCACUUACCCGAACCCGGAGGAUGACGCAAUGACACUGAUGAUCCACGACACCAACACCACAAAGGAGAAGGAGCGACCCAAAGAGGAGCCGGUGCAGGAGAAAGUCCCGGAGAAAGCAGAUCCGUCCCAGAAGCCGCCGUACUCCUACGUCGCUCUCAUCGCCAUGGCCAUCCGGGAGAGCACCGAGAAGCGGCUCACUCUGUCCGGUAUUUACCAGUACAUCAUCACCAAGUUCCCCUUCUACGAGAAGAACAAGAAGGGUUGGCAGAACAGCAUCAGACACAACCUGAGUCUCAACGAGUGCUUCAUUAAAGUACCGCGGGAGGGCGGUGGGGAGAGAAAGGGGAACUACUGGACCCUCGACCCGGCCUGCGAGGACAUGUUCGAGAAGGGGAACUACAGGAGACGCCGCAGGAUGAAGCGCCCGUUCAGACCUCCACCGACGCACUUCCAGCCGGGGAAGUCGUUGUUCGGGGGAGACGGCUACGGCUACCUGUCCCCACCCAAGUACCUGCAGUCUAGCUUCAUGAACAACUCCUGGUCGCUCGGCCAGCCGCCCACCCCGAUGUCCUACACGUCCUGUCAGAUGGCCGGUGGCAACGUGAGUCCGGUGAACGUGAAGGGGCUGUCGGCCCCCUCCUCUUAUAACCCCUACUCCCGCGUGCAGACCAUGGCGCUCCCCGGCAUGGUGAACUCUUACAACGGCAUGAGUCACCAUCACCAUCCCGCGCAUCCCCACCAUGCCCAGCAGCUGAGCCCGGCCACGGCAGUACCGCCUCCGGUCUCCUCCGGCAACGGAGCGGGCCUCCAGUUCGCUUGCUCCCGCCAGCCCGCGGAGCUCUCGAUGAUGCACUGCUCUUACUGGGAACACGAGACCAAACACUCGGCGUUACACACGAGGAUUGAUAUUUAAAGUUUACCGAAAUGGUCUGUGUAAAAAAAAAAGAGCAGUCUUGAGAGCGAGAGUAAAUUCCUGUGAUUUCAAAAACAGAACCAAGAGUAUUUUUUUUUUGUUUUUUUGAAGAGACCAUUGUUGACGAGCUGUGUGGGUCCAGCUGACAUCCAUAUGUGCAGAUGGAGAGGUAUGCGCGAGUUGAUGUGGGGAGAGUUUUACAAAAUGGAAUCGGGAGGUAAAGAAGUCCCCAGGACACACCGGGCAGCACAGCCUCCGGGAGCCAUUUCGUGCGCCGGUAUUACACUUGGACUGAUGGCCGUAACUCGGUAUUGUUGUCAUAAUUGUGCCUUUUAUGAAAAUAUUGAUUUUCACGGGCAUGGACAUUGCUGACAUCGCUUCGGCUGUGUGUUACUGGUAUGCGUAAUGGUUUCUCUCAACUUUACGCACGGCCUAUCCCAACUGUUGCCAAAUGAAACGUGGACAUAAGAUGCCCUAAUUAAGUCAGUGCUUUUAAUGUGUAAUUGAAUCAGAGCUCAAUUUGGCCCUCUUAACUUGCACUGAGCAAGGCCUGCACGGCGAAGCGUCACCUCCUCCGUGAACUCUGUUGGGUUAAAAAGUGAACGUGUGAGAUCCAGACUGCCAGCCAUACAAUUCAGGGUUUUUCAUAAUUAUUGAUCCCACAUGUAUGAUAUUAUUUCCAAUAUGACGCCAGCCAGUGCCAGGUUUUGGUAAUAUUUCUGAUUAUUAUUAUUAUUAAUUUUUUUAUAAACGUGAUUAGCUAUAUUGUCUCAUUCAUGUUGGGGCCAUGUUUCAUUUUAAUUAGCACUUUUCCGUCUUUUCUAGGUUUGUGAAUUUCUUAAUAAACUUGUAUUUCUUAAAGUAA